GCCACACAACUGGAGAAGGACACGGGGCUCCUCGCGGAAAAAGAGACAGAGGGCAAACUGGAUGGCUUGAUAUUUAAAGCGGGACGGCUUUAUUUUUUUUACUCAAGAGAAAGCGGAGGAAAAGCUCAGGUAUCAGAACCCCGAGGAGCCGCGGCGCGAACGCAGAGGGACCGUAAAUCGCGCCCGAAGGUCUGAGAGGCCCGCCACCGUCCCCGAGGCAACAUGAGCUGGAGCUUCCUCACCCGUCUGCUGGACGAGAUCUCCAACCACUCCACCUUCGUGGGCAAAAUCUGGCUCACCCUCCUCAUCGUCUUCCGCAUCGUGCUGACCGCCGUCGGCGGCGAGUCCAUCUACUACGACGAGCAGAGCAAGUUCGUGUGCAACACGCAGCAGCCCGGCUGCGAGAACGUGUGCUACGACGCCUUCGCGCCGCUCUCCCACAUCCGCUUCUGGGUGUUCCAGGUGAUCAUGAUCACCACGCCCACCAUCAUGUACCUCGGCUUCGCCAUGCACAAGAUCGCCCGCAUGGACGACGGCGACUACCAGCCGCGGAGGCGGAUGCCGAUCGUGAGCCGCGGCGCCAACCGGGACUACGAGGAGGCGGAGGACAACGGCGAGGAGGACCCCAUGAUCCUGGAGGAGAUCGAGCCGGAGAAGGAGGAGACGGCGGCGACGACGGAGGCGGCGGCGGCGGCGGCGAAGAAGCCCAGCAACAAGCACGACGGGCGGCGGCGCAUCAAGCGCGACGGCCUGAUGAAGGUCUACGUGUUCCAGCUGCUGUCGCGCGCCGUCUUCGAGACGUCCUUCCUGUUCGGGCAGUACAUCCUGUACGGGCUGGAGGUGGUGCCGUCCUACGUGUGCACGCGCUCGCCCUGCCCGCACACGGUGGACUGCUUCGUGUCGCGCCCCACGGAGAAGACCAUCUUCCUGCUCAUCAUGUACGGCGUCAGCUGCCUGUGUCUGCUCUUCACGCUGCUGGAGAUCCUCCACCUCGGCAUCAGCGGCAUCCGGGACUGCUUCUGCAAGCCGCGGCCACGGCCGCCGCCGCCGCCCGGCCCACGGCGCCAGCAGCAGCAGCAGCCGCAGCAGCCGCAGCAGCAGCAGCAGCAGCAGCAGCAGCACACGGCGCCGUCCAGCCACCGGUCGUCCAUCUGCCGGCAGCCGUCGGCGCCGCCGGGCUACAGCACGGCGCUGAAGAAGGACCCGUCGGGGAAGAUGGCCUUCCGGGACAACCUGGUGGACUCGGGCCGCGAGUCGUUCGGCGACGAGGCGUCGGCCCGCGAGCUGCAGCGGCUCCGGAGGCACCUCAAGCUGGCCCAGCAGCACCUGGACCUGGCGUACCAGAACGGGGAGAGCAGCCCGUCGCGCAGCAGCAGCCCCGAGUCCAACGGCACCGCGGUGGAGCAGAACCGGCUGAACUUUGCCCAGGAGAAGCAGAGCGGCUCGUGCGAGAAAGGUCUCCGCGCGUAGGUUCUGCCGAGCCCAGCCGACGGCGUAGACUUGAGUUCGCAUCGGGAUCGGCGGGACGACGCAAGGGGGAUCAGAGUGCGUGCGACGG